AUGACGAUGACGACGCCAUUUGAAAAUCCAAUGAAAAAGGCAAAGGUAGAACAUGAGAUUCCAAGUCCUGCGAAUGAUUUCCUGAAUCAAACCGAUAUUUGGGUCAAGAACAUCCUCCCAUUUGUUGGCGGCAUGGGGCAAUUUGUCUUUUUGGCACCCGUCAGCCACAAGAUGAAAGAUCUCUACGCAGCAUACUGCAACACUCUGAAGAAUCCUCCAAAGGUCAAAGAGGAGAAUGGCAAACUACGACCAGCGACUCCUACUGACACAAUCUUCUGUGAAACUUUCUCCUGUGUACCUCGUGCCGAUUAUUGGUUUACCUACCAACAUACUGGCACAGGAGGUCAAAUUGCUCACAGGCUUGUUUGCACUGCAGUUGCCAAAGUGGGUAAUAUCCAAGUGCUUCAAUGGGCCCAGGAAAGGGGCUACCCAUGGAAUAUAGAAGUGUCCUGUGUGGCUGCAAAAUAUGGCCAUCUCCGAGUCCUAGAAUAUGCUGUCAAAAAGGGCUAUCCAUUGGGAGCAGCAUGUGCUUGCUUGGCAGCAGAAAAUGGCCAUGUGAACAUCAUCAAGUAUGCCCGUGAAAAUGGAUGUCCAUGGGGUAGCAUCAAUGCAUGUAAAAUGGCAGCUUGGUUUGGCCAAUUGGAUGUCCUCAAAUAUGCUCAUGAAAUCGGCUGCCACUGGGAUGUCUGGACCUGCAUAAAGGCUGCUGAGAGGGGGCAUUUGGGAUGCAUCAAAUAUGCUCAUGAGAAUGGCUGUCCAUGGAACAUUUGGACAAGCCACAGCGCUGCAGCAAAUGGCCAUUUACAAAUCUUGAGAUAUGCCCAUGCAAAUGGUUGUCCAUGGGACAGAAGCACAUCCCUCUAUGCAGCCGGGAAUGGUCACACACCAUGCCUCAAAUUCUUACAUGAAAACGGCUGUCCAUUGCAUGAAAGAAUAUGCAGGGUUGCUGCAUCCAAUGGCCAUCUACAAGUGCUGAAAUAUGCCCAUGAAAAUGAUUGCCCAUGGGACGCAAGAACCUGCAGCUCUGCUGCUUCUGGUGGACAUCUGGAAGUCCUGAAAUAUGCGCAUGAGAAUGGCUGUCCAUGGGAUGAUUUGGCAUGUCGGUGUGCUGCUGAUGUUGGUAACUUGGAAAUCCUGAAGUAUUUACAUGAAAAUGGUUGUCUAUGGGAUGAGCGCACCUGUACCCUUGCUGCAAGCAGUGGUCACUUGGAGAUUCUAAAGUAUGCCCAUGAGAAUGGAUGUCCAUGGAACAAAUGGACAUGCAGCAGAGCAGCUGCAAGAGGCCAUUCCUGCAUCUUGAAAUAUGCCCACAAAAAUGGAUGUCCGUGGGACGAAGAUACUUGCACUGAGGCUGCUGGAAAUGGACAAGUUGAAAGUCUGAAGUAUGCACAUGAAAGUGGCUGUCCGUGGUAUGAAGAAACCUGCUACCGUGCUGCCAGUGGUGGCCAUCUGGAGGCGCUCAAAUACGCUCACGAGCAUGGAUGCCCAUUUAACCAAGCUCUUCUGCUGCGACAUGCAGCUUCGCAAUGUCACGUACGGGUGUGGAUUCAAAGAAUGGAAGGGAUCCUGCCAGAUCGUACAGACUAUUUGGUUCGCCCAAAUCUGGAUGGGCCAAGGCAGGGACGCCCACAGCCUGUACUUCCGAGAAACCCAAGGUAG